AUCUAGAUUCAAAACCGGUGGUGGUGUCAAAUCGCUAGAGCAUAACAAGUUGCAGUUAACCAGCGUAGCUAGUUGUAUUGCAUAUGCUAUUUAUUUGUAUUUUUGACAAUGUCACGAGUGCUUAUAGUCGGUGCGGGUCUUACGGGCAGUUUAUGCGCUUGUCUUCUGCGAAGAGAAAUGGCAAAUAAAGUAAAAAUUGUUGUGUGGGAUAAAUCGCGGGGAGCAGGGGGAAGAAUGUCCACGAGCAGGAGCCCCAGCAACGCUGCGUGCACAGCAGAUCUUGGUGCACAGUACAUAAGUGCUACGCCGUUCUACGCCCAAAUACAUCAAAGCUUCUAUGAAGAAUUGCUCGCACACAGCAUUUUAAAGCCGUUGGUGGCCCCUGUGGAAGGAAUGAUUAUGAAAGAGGACCUACGUGACUUUGUGACUCCGAAGGGUGUCUCGUCCAUCGUCAAACAUUACUUGAGAGAGUCAGCAGGAGCCGAGGUGCUGUUUGAGCACCACGUCACCCGCGUCUGCCAGAAGGGGGCGGGCUGGGAGGUGCAUCGGCAGGGCGGGGAGGCGGAGACUUUCGACGCCGUGGUCCUCACCAUGCCCGUCCCCCAGAUCUUGCAGCUACAGGGAGACAUGCGCUCCUUGAUCGACGAGAGUCAGCGGCGGAAGCUGGAAGCGGUGAGCUACUCCUCCCGCUACGCGCUGGGGCUGUUCUACGAAGCCGGCGCGCGGAUCGACGUGCCGUGGGCGGCGAAGUACAUCGCCGGCAAUCCCUGCAUCCGCUUCAUCUCCAUCGACGACAAGAAGCGCAGUUUGGAUUCUCCGGACUGCGGCCCGUCCGUGGUGGUCCACACCGGCGUGCCGUUCGGGGUCCGGCACCUGGAGGGGACCAGGGAGGAGGUGGAGCCUCUGAUCCUGGGAGAACUUCAGAAGGUCCUGCCCGGGCUUCCCCAGCCAAUCAGCAUCAAGUUCCAAAAGUGGAGGUACUCACAGGUGACAGCCGCUGUGCCUGACUGCCCCGGGCAGAUGACCCUGUGCUCCAGUCCACUGCUGGUCUGCGGGGGCGACGGGUUCAUGCACUCCAACUUCGACGGCUGCGUGGAGUCCGCCCUGAAGGUCACAGAGGUCCUGAAGUCAUCCCUUUGAGAAAAAGGG